CAAAAAAUCAAGAGAGAAUUUUCGGUUAUCGUUUUUAUUUCUCUCUCCAACCCCUCUUCAGCGCUGAGAUCAAUGUCGAAUUGAUCCACCUAUAAUUGAAGUUUGAAGAUUUUCUGGGGUACAUUUUUGUCACAUUGACAAUUUUCAAUCUAUGUUCUUGUUAAGCUUGGAAGUUAUGUUUGUCACGUGGAUUCUGGGAUCAAUAUUAAUUGGUCCGACUACAUUGUAAUAUAUCCUAAGUUUCUUUUGAGUUUUCAACUAUUUAGUAUCUGGGGUGAAAGUCAUUAGGGGGGUGGAGAAAAUGAAUGUUGUUGGUAAAGUUAGCAGCUUUAUAACACAAGGUGUGUACUCAGUUGCCACCCCAUUUCAUCCUUUUGGUGGAGCAGUUGACAUAAUUGUUGUGAAGCAGCAGGAUGGAACUUUUAGGAGCACACCUUGGCAUGUUCGAUUCGGUAAAUUUCAAGGUGUCCUUAAAGGGGCAGAAAAAGUUGUCCGAAUUGAAGUUAACGGUGUAGAAGCUGGUUUUCACAUGUAUCUUGAUAAUUCUGGUGAAGCAUAUUUUAUCAGAGAGGUUACCGCUGAUAAUGAGAGCGAAACAAAUGGGGAUUCAAAGGAAUCUGGUAGUCAAAAAGGGGAUAAUGUUAACAACAAAGAUAUUAUAAAGGAUGGUGCUCUGUCCACACAUGAUAAUAGUGACUCUAAUGAAGCUGAUUUACCAUCGCGAGAUGAAGGUGUGACAUUGGGUAAUGAGCUAGCGGAAUUUGGUUCCAGGAGAUAUGAGAAUUUGGAUAAUGUAGAGGAGGUGUUAGAAUCACAUGACUCCAGUUCUGAAGUUGUUAUGGUGAGUGUGGAUGGCCAUAUAUUGACAGCACCAAUCUCAUCAUCGGAAAGGAAUGUGGAAGAUGUCAAAUUAGACACGCCUAGGUUUAAUCUAGGCCCUGGUCAGGGGACAGAUUUAUUUGAUGGUAACUCAGAGUUCAUCACAGGUGAAGCUACAUGGGCUGAUGAUUAUUCGAGUGAUCAGGAGACACCAAACGAUGCUCCUGCAGAUGCUUGCAGUGUGAAGAACGAGAGCAAUACGGUUGAGCACCAGUUAAAUGUUUCUGAAGUAGACGGUCAAUUUAGAGUAAAUUUGGAUGUGAAGAACCAGGAAAAUGGCCAUGUGGAGGUUACAUCAUGUGGCAACAAGAAGGAUAAGGUUUCUCCAGUGAAGAUUCCGGAAGGGGUUGACGAUUUGUUAAAUCCUAGUACUGACCGUCCCUGCAGUUCUCCUUCACCAGAUUUAAAGCUUCAAUGUAACACCCUUCAGAAAUGUGAGUCAGAGAUUGAUUGUAAUGGUUCUGACGGCUCAAUAGACCAUCGUGCUGUUAGUGAUAAACACCUAGAGGAACAGAAUGAUGUAUCUUUAGCAGCUGAAAAAAUAAAAAGUGACCAGCAAGAACCAGAUGAAUGUUCUCAAUGUGAAAAUGUGAAGCGUCUUAUAGAAGCUUUUCUCAAAGUAAUAGCUACAGGAGUAGAGAUAUCUCUUUGUGGCAACUUGCUUUAUGCUGGAAUGGGUUCUAGUGCUGCAAGAGAAGCCUUUGAUGCAAAUCGCAUAUCUGAGGAUGAAUUCAGAAGUUCUUCAGCAUCCAUAAUCAAGAACGAGAAUUUAGUUGUCAGAAUUCGAGGAAACUAUUUUUCGUGGGAUAGAGCUACUCCUAUCAUUCUUGGCAUGGCCGAAUGUGAUAUGGAAUUGCCUGCUGAAUGUGAUGAUGUCAUACCUGUGGAACGGGAGGAGACCUCAAAAUCGGGAGAGGAUGAUAGUGGGAUCACUUCGGUUGCUUCUGGACGACAAUGGACUCUCUGGCCAAAUCCAUUUAGAAGGGUUAAGACACUUGAGGACAGUAACUAUAAUUCAUCAAAUGAAGAGGUCUUUGUUGAUUCUGAAUCUAGCCCAAUGUACCAGUCUAUAGAACAAACAAAUAUCACCCAAGGAGGCAAGCAAUCUCCUCAGGAGCAAUUUGUGAGAACAAAUAUUCCCACUUCCGGUCAAAUCACAUCUUUGAACCUGAAGGAGGGGCAGAAUAUGGUAACCUUCAUUUUCUUGACCCGAGUCCUAGGAGAGCAAAAGGUUGAAUCCCACCUAUAUUUGUGGAAGUGGAAUGCACAAAUAGUAAUUUCUGAUGUCGAUGGGACUAUUACCAAGUCUGAUGUUCUUGGUCAGUUUAUGCCUUUGGUUGGGAAGGACUGGACACAUUUUGGAACUGCCAGACUUUUCUCGGCAAUCAAGGAAAAUGGGUAUGAGCUUCUCUUUCUCAGUGCGCGUGCAAUUGUUCAAGCAUAUCUGACCAAGAAUUUCCUGUUUAAUCUCAAACAGGACGGAAAGACCCUACCCAAUGGACCUGUUGUGAUUUCUCCUGACGGUUUAUUUCCAUCGUUGUACAGAGAAGUUAUAAGAAGAGCUCCUCAUGAAUUCAAGAUAGCCUGUUUAGAGGAUAUCAAAGCACUUUUCCCACAAGAUUACAAUCCAUUUUAUGCAGGCUUUGGGAAUAGGGACACUGAUGAAUUCAGUUACAGAAAAAUUGGGAUUCCCAAAGGCAAAAUUUUUAUAAUCAACCCAAAGGGGGAGGUAUCAAUUAAUCAUCAAAUUGAUGUGAAAUCCUAUACUUCAUUGCACAGUCUUGUUGAUGACAUGUUCCCACCGACAUCCAAGGUUGAGCAGGAAGAUUUUAAUGCAUGGAACUUUUGGAAAAUGCCCCUCUCAGAUAUAAAUUACUUGUAGAGAUUUGUUUUCACAAAGAUGGAUCUAUUUUGUUGAUCUGGAAAGUUGAAAACCUGUAAUUAAGCCCAGUAUACAUCAAUCACUUCUAGCUUUGUGAAAAAGAGGGCUGUCAUUAUUGAUUUUUUGGUCUCGUAUUCAGUGGCGGAGCCAGGAUUUUCAUCAAGGGGGGUCAAAAAUCAAAAUAUAAAGAAAUAAACUCACCAAGAAGUCAAGGCAUGUCAAUACAUAGUAUAUAUACAUAUUUUUUUAAAAUUACCUAGUUAUACAAUGUAAUUUUCCGACGAAGGGGACAACCCUUGAGUGCUUGUAGCUCCGCCACUGCUCGUAUUAAGUGUAUAAAAACAGUUUUGUACUCGCAAUCAAUUAAUAUUGUUAUUUCAUUUAAAGAAUAAGGUCCUGAGGGAAU